UUCUAUGUCUAAAGUCAAUAUAUACCUGCAUCAAACCAUUUCCCGCUUCACACUUCUUUCAUCCUGCUCCUCUCUCUGAACCACAGACAGUCAUGGCUAAGUUCUUCGCUAUCCUGCUUUUGGCUCUGCUGGUUAUUUCCAUGCUUCAAGCUACUGUUUUGGCGAAAGGAGGGCAUCAUCACCAUGGCUACGGUCCUGGAAGUUUGAAAAGCUCACAAUGCCCCGGGCAGUGUGUACGGAGAUGCAGCAAGACGCAGUACCACAAGCCUUGCAUGUUUUUCUGUCAGAAAUGCUGUGCAAAGUGCCUUUGUGUACCACCGGGGUAUUAUGGGAAUAAACAAGUUUGCCCUUGCUACAACAACUGGAAGACUAAGGAAGGAGGACCAAAAUGCCCCUAGAUUUUUGCAGUAGUUUGCCUUUUGUAACUUUAAAUCAGACUGUAUGGUAUUUAUUUUGUUUUAGUUGUGGUGUCCGUUUGAAUAAAAGUAAAAGUGGACCUAUGAGUAUGUGACAGUUUGAUAAGGUGGGGAACUUCAACACGUGCUUGUGUCCUAAUUAAUGUCUUUUCUACUUUUUUUAACUGCAAAA